UCAAGGAAGAAUUAGUAUAGGAUAGCUAUGCUUAUUGAAACAUCAUGACCAGUGAUCAGUGGGACUGUCCCAGGGGAGACACCUGUAAUAUAAGAAGUGGCUAACAUGUAUUUACAGGAAAGUAGCUCCCACACAAAAGGGAGGAGCUACUCAUAUCACCACUGAUAAGAAGAGGCAAAGAAGGAAGAGAAAUAAAGUUAAAAUGGCAGGUAACGAAAUCGAGAUGGAUGAAGAGUUAGAUCUUUUGGAAAAGAUGAAAGCAGAAGCCAAAACCAAUGAAGCUCUGGCAAUCGUAAUGUGCAUGGAUAAUCUAAGCAAAGGUCUGUCAGCAUCAAUUGUUAGCAUAGCUGGGGAGUGCUAUGCUCAGGAAAUGAUAGAUGAAGAUAUCUAUGAUUGGAUGUUUGAUGGUGAAUGGAAACCUGACAAUGCAAGAGCUCAGUUACUUGUCAGAUGCAUUGAAAAAAGGUUUAAGGAAUAUGAAAGGGAUGGAAUGAAUAUUGAAGCAGCACUUGAAAGUUUAGCAGAAGUGAUAAGAAAAGAAGCCAGUUAUGAAAAUAUAGCUAGGCUAGUAGAUAAUUGCAAAACUGCCAAAGAUUUUAGAAAAAUCUCCAAGAGAAUAUCCACUGGCAUCACAUCAUCUCUAACUACCAUUGCAAUGGGAGCAGUGGCCAAAGGAAUAAUCUCUUAUUCCGAGUGUGUGGCAUGCACUCAAGGAGAUGCUAGUGAAGAGGCUAGGCGUACACAACUUGUCCUCCAGCAAAUAUUCCAUGGAGCAGCUGAGAACCCUGAUGUACUAUACGACUUUAUGAAGAUUCUUGAGGAUAAAGGAAAACCAAUUAGCAACCAAUGUGAUGGAAUAAGAACGGCACUGUCACAGUUGUCAAUAAAUACUGGUCUAGAGGAUACAGAUGGUGGAAGGUGAAGAUGAACAGAUGAAAACAUCGCCUUAAACUGAUAUUAACUUUGUUAAACUUUCUAUAAAUAAAUAUAUUUUUCUACUUUAAAAUGAAA